AGAUACUGUCGACCUCCCAUCCGAUUUUGAAGAGCGUGUGUGAUAUUCAAACUGAAGUCUAUUGGAGAUCUGUAUGGCUGGCAUUUGGUGGCCAUGGUUCGCUUCCGAGCAAUGGCUGCAAUGCUACUGGGAAGCGUGCUUCCAGGCCCCGUCAUUUUGUUGUGAGGAGCACUGACCUUCAUCCCGUGUUCCGUCCCUCAUCGACUCUCAUGGCCUCCUCCUUCAUCCUCCCAUCCUUCCAAAUUUUCCCCACAAAACGGCAGCCUCACCCAUCAUCUUCUGCAACAGCAUUCCCAAUUUUACCUUCCUCGUCAUCUUCUUCCCUCACAGUCUCCAAGUCGGCAGAAACCAAGACCGACAACCUAAGCGCCAGUGGCUACUACUCUGGCUGUGUGGACCAAAUUUCCAAACUAUGCGAGGAUGGUCGUCUCGGGGACGCCAUUUCCAUCUUCAACCAAAUGAAAGAAGAUGGGAUUCAGACUGGUCACGAUAUCUACGGGGAGAUAUUGCAGGGGUUCGUGUACCAGAGAUCUUUGUUUGGGGGUAAGCAAAUCCACGCCCAAAUUAUCAAAAACGGGGCGUCGUUUUCAGAGAACGAGUUCUUGCACACAAAGCUUGUAAUCUUCUACGCAAAGUGUGACGUGCGUGUUGCGGCCGAUUACUUGUUUAGUUCAUUGCCGUCGAAGAACGUGUUCUCCUGGGCUGCCAUGAUUGGUUUCUACGUUAGAAAAGGUUUGAAUGAGGAAUGCUUGUUGAGUUUCUCCGGUAUGCUUGAUAGUGGCGUUUUGCCCGACAAUUUUGUGAUUCCGAAUGCUCUGAAAGCUUGCUCUUCCUUGCAGUCUCUACAGUGUGGGAGGUUGAUUCAUGGGUACAUUGUGAAACUUGGUUAUGGGUCAUGUGUGUUUGUUGCCAGUAGUUUGGUCGAUAUGUACGGGAAGUGUGGAGAGUUGGGGUGUGCACGCCUAGUGUUUGAUGAAAUUCCCGAGAAAAAUGCAGUCGCUUGGAAUUCCAUGCUUGUUGGUUAUUUCCAGAAUGGUGAGAAUGAAGAGGCCUUGAGGUUGUUCUAUCAGAUGAGGGUUGAGAGCGAUGUGGAGCCGUCACGAGUUACCAUUGCAAGUUUUCUUUCGGCUUCAGCAAAUUUAGCAUCAUUAAGUGAGGGUAAACAGGGUCAUGCUAUUGCAGUGCGCUUGGGCCUUCCAUUGGAUAGCAUUCUGGGCAGUGGUCUUGUAAAUUUUUAUGCAAAGUGCUCCUCUAUAGUAGACGCCGAGCUGGUUUUUGAUCUAAUGCUCGAGAGGGAUGUUGUUGUUUGGAAUUUGCUGAUCUCUGGGUACAUACAAGAUGGGCAUAUUGAAGAUGCUCUUGACUUGUGCCGCAGAAUGCAGCUCGAGAACUUUCGGCCUGAUUCAGUUACAUUAGCUUCUAUUCUCUCUGCAUGUGCAGAUUGUGGUGAUUUGCGUCAUGGACUUGAAGGUCAUGGUUACUGUAUCAGAAACAACCUUGAAUUAGAUGUGUUUGUUGCGAGCAGCAUUAUUGACAUGUAUGGAAAAUGCAGGCGGAUCGAGGAUGCUAGAAAGGCUUUUGAUUGCACCAUGCAGAGAGAUGUUGUAUUAUGGAAUACAUUAAUGGCAGCUUAUAGUGAAUCUGGAUGCAGUGGAGAAGCUCUUAAACUCUUCUACCAGAUGCAGCUAGCUGGUUUGCUGCCUAACGUCGUAUCAUGGAAUGCAGUAAUUUUGGGAUUCCUGAGGAAUGGACAGGUAACAGAGGCGAAAGAUUUCUUCAUGCAGAUGCAAUCUACUGGUACUGCGCCAAAUUCAGUUACGUGGACUACACUGAUCUCUGGCUUAGCUCAAAAUGGACAUGGAUCUGAUGCCUUUGAUCACUUUGAGAAGAUGCAAGCGGCUGGACUGAAACCAAAUGCUAUGGUUAUUGUCGGAUUGCUGAUGGCUGCAACAGCAUUAUCGCUUCUACAGCCUGGAAAGCAAAUUCAUGCAUAUAUAGCUAGACACGGCCUAGCAGUAUCUCCCUGGAUUAUGACGUCUCUUGUGGACAUGUAUGCUAAAUGUGGGAGCGUGAAUCUAGCAAGAAAAGUUUUUGAUGUGAGUUCAGUUAAUGACUUGCCUUUAUAUAAUGCAAUGAUAUCUGGCUACGCGCUGCAUGGGAAAGCUGUCGAAGCUCUUUCUCUGUUCAACCAAAUGCAGCUACAAGGAAUCAAACCAGAUGCCAUAACUUUCACUAGCAUCUUGUCUGCAUGCAGUCAUGCUGGGUUUUUGGAUGAAGGUCAGAGAAUCUUCAAGGAAAUGAGCUCGAUUCACAAUAUUCAACCUAGAAUAGAGCACUUUGGAUGCGUGGUAGACAUUCUAUCUCGCAGGAAAAAAAUAUAUGAAUCGCUUCCGUAUAUUUCUUCUAUUUUGAAUGAAAUUGAUGGCCCGAUUAUUGGGUCAUUACUUGCUGCAUGUAGAGACCAGAAUGAUGCUGAAAUUGGUGAAGCCCUGUUCAAAAUUCUACUUGAAUUAGAACCAAGCAAUUCAGGGAACUACAUAGUUCUGUCAAACAUGUAUGCAGCUUCUGAUCGAUGGCAUGACGCGACAAAGAUCAGGAAUAUCAUGAGAAUAAAUGGGUUGAGAAAGAAUCCAGGUUGCAGUUGGAUUCAUAUAGGAGGUAAAUCACAUGCCUUUGUUGCUGGGGACAAAUCACACCCCGAAACGGAAACUCUGUAUCAAACGUUGUAUUUGUUAGACAAAGAAAUGAGAUUUGCUGAUUAUAUCCUUCUUAUUAAUGAUAAAGGUCGUUUCGCUUUUCCUUUAGAAAUUGCUAGAUCUCAAGGUAGUGAAGAUUGA